AGAACACUGAAUUAUACGAGAGUAAAGUUAUGGCACAGUUCAUUUUCUGUUCAAAAAUGGUAUCAAACGGACAAUCGUCUUCUUUUAAUAUUAACAUGUUUUUUUGGAAAAUCUUUGGAUUAUGGCCUGGGAGAGAGCCCUCGAAAUACUACAAAUAUUAUUCUUUUAUUUAUUUAACUUUCACGCUAGUAAUUUAUCUGAUUCUGCUAAUUUUAAACCUUUUAUUUAUGCCAAGGAAAAUCGUGAUACUAAUCAAGGAAGGAAUAUUUUUCUUUACCGAAAUAGCUGUCGCUUUUAAAGUGAUUAUGAUACUUAAGAAACGAGACAGAAUCUUAGAGGUUUUCGAUUAUCUAGAUUGCGAUAAAUUCGAGGGUAAAGAUCAUGUCGGUAUAAACAUUAUUGACAAAAACAUAUCAAAAUAUAAAACCUUAUGGAAAGUGAUAGCGUUCAUAUCUAAUAUUGCAUUCGUGCUGCAGUGUUUUGUUCCUAUAAUAUUAUAUUUAAUAGGGCGCAAAAACGUGGAAUUGCCUGUUUCUCAAUAUUACUUUUUGAGUGAAGAUCUGCGAAGCGAUUACUACCUUGUCUUGGCGUUGUACCAAAAUUUAGGUAUCUACGGUCACAUGACUUAUAAUGUUAACAUUGACACGUUCAUUGCUGGUAUGAUCAUAAUGACUAUUGCCCAGUUGAAGGUGCUAAAACACAAAUUUUCUACUAUGGAACUAGAUCAAGCGAAAAUCAAUUUUAGCGAAAACAUUUCAAAGUUGAACCAGAUUCUUCGACACUACGAGUCCAUUAUAGAAUACAGCAACAUCGUUCAAGAUAUAAUUAGCCUCACAAUGUUCGUACAGUUCUGCAUGGGUACUUGUAUUAUAUGCGUAGUGGCUCUAUUGAUGGUAUGUUGGAAUUGUUAAAGACUUAUAAAACUCUGGUACACUCAAGUAUUACGUUUUCAACUAGUAAGCAUUCUGGUCCAGCCACUUGUUAUUCAUCAAGACAUGGUGAUUAUAUGCACUAAACUAGCUCUCACUAUAUAAGGAAGGGUAGAAGUAAAGGGCUUAAAUCACUUUGAAAGGUUCACACAACUUUAUGAGUAUUAUUUAAUUGAUCGAGGAGUACAUAAGCUCAUGGUAAAUUGAAGCAAUGAAUGUGGAGAAGGGGAAUAGAGUCAGGGGUUGGUUGAGACUUAAAGAUACUUCUAGUGCUACAAGUGUUUUUAAGUUAAAGCUUUUGAAAUCUUUCUAGUCAGAAUGAACUCCAUGUAUUUGUACAACACAAUACAACACUGUAUUUGUAGCUCCACUAUGUACCUGAAGAUGUAGCUAAUGCAAUCAUUUAAUUUCUGUUAUCCACAGGUAUCAUCUACAGAGAGCUUCAUAAUAAUGGCAUCGUAUUCGUUCGUCAUGGUAAUGCAGAUAUUUUUACCAGCUUAUUUAGGUACACAACUGACUUAUGAGAGCCAAGAGUUGGCGCAUGCUGCCUAUAGCACCGAUUGGAUACCCCAAUCGGAGCCAUACAAACGCAGCUUGCGUCUGUUUGUUGAACGUGCUAAUACUCCAAUAGUAUUUACCGGCUUGAAAAUGUUCCCACUUGCGUUGAGUACAUUUGUUUCGAUAAUCAAAAUGACCUACUCUAUUUUCGCUUUAGUUCGGAAAGUACAAGACCGUGAAAUGUGAUGGUAAUACUCAAGCUUUUACGUUUACAUCAUUUAACAUUAAAUGCAAUGUAAAGU